AUGGCGACUUGGCGGCGGGACGGCCGGCUGACGGGCAGCCAGCGGCUGCUGUGCGCGGGGUUGGCGGGGACGCUCAGCCUCAGCCUCACCGCGCCGCUGGAGCUCGCCACCGUGCUGGCCCAGGUCGGCGUCGUGCGCGGCCGCGCCCGGGGGCCGUGGGGCGCGGGGCUUCGCGUCUGGCGGGCCGAGGGGCCCCGCGCCCUGUGGAAGGGGAACGCGGUGGCCUGCCUGCGCCUCUUCCCCUGCAGCGCCGUUCAACUGGCCGCCUACCGCAAGUUUGUUGUGCUGUUCACGGAUGACCUGGGCCACAUCUCCCAGUGGAGGUCCAUCAUGGCUGGGAGUCUUGCGGGCAUGGUUUCCACCAUCGUGACAUAUCCUACAGACCUCAUCAAAACCCGGUUAAUUGUGCAGAACAUGCUGGAACCAUCUUACAGGGGGAUCCUCCAUGCUUUUUCUACUAUUUAUCAACAGGAAGGGUUCCUGGCCCUUUAUCGAGGGGUUUCCCUUACUAUUUUAGGUGCUCUCCCUUUCUCUGCCGGCUCCCUUCUAGUUUACAUGAACCUGGAGAAAAUCUGGAAUGGACCCCGAGAUCGGUUCUCUCUCCUCCAGAACUUCGCCAAUGUCUGCCUGGCUGCCGCGGUGACCCAGACACUCUCCUUUCCCUUCGACACAGUGAAGAGAAAGAUGCAGGCUCAGAGCUCCUACCUUCCCCACUGUGGAGGAGUAGAUGUCCAUUUCUCAGGAGCAGUGGACUGCUUCCGGCAGAUAGUGAAAGCCCAAGGGGUCCUGGGGCUCUGGAAUGGAUUGGCAGCCAACUUACUGAAGAUAGUUCCAUAUUUUGGAGUUAUGUUUGGCACCUUUGAGUUCUGCAAGAGAAUCUGUCUUUACCAAAAUGGUUACAUCGUGUCUCCUCUGAGCUAUAAAUUGACCCCAGGGGUGGAUCAGAGUUUGAAGCCCCAGGAAUUACGGGAAUUAAAGAAGUUUUUCAAAACUGGACAACUAAAGUCUAAAAAACCAACUCUUUAA